UCUGAAGUUGCGCCGUGAACAAGGGUCCUGGAUUGCCUACUGACACACGUGUGUGUAUGUGGUCAACAUGGCCGAUUUACAGAUGAAGCUUCUCCGUAAGAAAAUACAGAAAAGAAAUGAAAAAAACAAAGAGCGCAAGUUACUCAAGAAGCACACAUUGGACGAAGAGUCUGUAAGGUCAGAAGGAGUGGAGGAGAAAUGCACUCAAGAAGUGUGUAAAGCUGAGAGUAAACUCAUCCAGGAACAGAAGCAGGAAGAUGAGCCAGUUGCAUCUGCCCAGGGAAACUCUGUAAAGCAAAAGAAAAAAAGGAAAAGAAAGGCUCCUCUCACGGCUGAAUCACCAGCUGAGAAAAAGGUCAAAAGUGCGCACCAAGUAAGUGGGCAACAAGAGAUGGAGGAAGAGGAGGAAACUGUCAAACCACAGGAGCAGGAGGGAGAUGUUGAGGAUCUACCUGAGCUACCGUCUGGCUUGACAGGAGCAUUUGAGGACACGUCUUUUGCUUCUCUCGCGGAACUGGUGAGUGAAAACACACUGAAAGGAGUGAAGGAGAUGGGCUUUGAACACAUGACUGACAUCCAGCACAAAAGCAUUCGUCCUCUGCUGGAGGGAAGAGAUGUGCUGGCUGCUGCCAAGACAGGGAGUGGUAAAACCCUGGCCUUCCUAAUCCCAUCCCUAGAGCUCAUCUACAAACUUAAGUUUAUGCCCAGGAAUGGGACUGGUGUAGUGAUUCUUUCUCCGACACGUGAGUUGGCAAUGCAGACGUAUGGUGUGCUGAAAGAACUGAUGACCCACCACGUACACACAUAUGGCCUGAUCAUGGGAGGCAGCAACCGAUCAGCGGAGGCCCAAAAGUUGGCCAAUGGUGUCAACAUCCUGGUGGCAACACCAGGCCGUCUGCUGGAUCACCUCCAGAACACGCCCGGCUUCAUGUUCAAGAACUUGCAGUGUUUGAUUAUUGAUGAAGCUGAUCGCAUCUUGGAGGUGGGCUUUGAGGAGGAACUGAAGCAGAUCAUAAAGCUUCUGCCCAAGAAAAGACAGACCAUGCUGUUUUCAGCAACCCAGACUCGGAAGGUGGAGGACUUGGCUCGUAUUUCUCUGAAGAAAGAGCCUCUCUAUGUUGGAGUGGAUGACAACAAGGACACGGCCACCGUCGAUGGUUUGGAACAGGGCUACGUAGUGUGUCCGUCGGAGAAGCGCUUCUUGUUGCUCUUCACCUUCCUGAAGAAGAACCGCAAGAAGAAGCUCAUGGUCUUCUUCUCCUCCUGCAUGUCUGUAAAAUUCCACUACGAGCUCCUCAACUACAUUGACCUCCCUGUAAUGGCCAUCCAUGGCAAGCAGAAGCAGACCAAACGCACCACCACCUUCUUCCAGUUCUGCAACGCAGAUUCGGGCAUUUUGCUCUGUACCGACGUAGCAGCUCGAGGGCUGGACAUCCCAGAGGUGGACUGGAUCGUCCAAUACGACCCCCCAGAUGACCCCAAGGAAUACAUCCACAGAGUGGGCAGAACAGCUCGAGGCAUCAAUGGCAGAGGGCACGCACUCCUGAUCCUGAGACCAGAGGAGCUUGGAUUCCUGCGCUUCCUCAAGCAAGCCAAGGUCCCACUGAGUGAGUUUGAGUUUUCCUGGAGUAAAAUCUCAGAUAUCCAGUCCCAGUUGGAGAAACUGAUUGAGAAGAACUACUAUCUUCACAAGUCCGCCCAAGAGGCCUACAAGUCUUAUGUGCGAGCUUACGACUCUCACUCGCUCAAGCAAAUCUACAGCGUUAACACUCUGAACCUCCUUAUGGUGGCGUUGUCGUUCGGGUUCAAAGUCCCACCCUACGUCGAUCUCAACGUCCACGGCAGUAAAGGCGCAAAGCUGCAAAAGCGAGGCGGCGGCGGUGGUUUUGGGUACCAGAAAUCCAAGAAUGUGCACAAGGCCAAAAUCUUUAAGCACAUCAACAAAGGAUUUAAUGACAAACGGCAGUUCUCUCGUUAAUCAGAUGAUUGGAAUCUCUGAAAUGGUUCCUUGUCGGAGCGUCAUCAAAAAUGGCGCUCUUAUGUCAUCAUGGGGAAAGUCCUGUUUUCGACAUACCGGUAAUUUGUAGGAAUUGUAUUUUGUUGCAAUUUCCUGGAUAUUUUAUAUAUAGCUCUGCAGAAUUCCAUGCUUGUGUGAUGACAUAAAUUUGUUCCCAAAGCUAAGAAUGUGCAUUUGAUAGAAAUAUUAAAUUUCAAGUGAAAUUGCAUUUUGAAAAUGAA